GUGGACGUCUCAAGGCUUUUGAGGAAGUUGAGAAGAAGUGGAAGAACGUCGAGUUCGGAGUUAGUCAAGCUGUGGGCAGUACCAAGUUGAGGCUCUUUCGUUUCAUGGAACUUCCGAUUGAGAUGCGUUUCAGAGUCUACGACUACAUCAUGACCUUUGACAAUUUGCUCAGCUAUGGAAGUCUGGUCAAACUCGCGCUCAGGAGCACUUCUGGUCUACAACUGAGAGGUACAUGUCAGGAUAUCUACAACGAGACUAAAACAAUCUUCUGGCGUAACAAAUUUUGCAUUGCGGACCUCGGAAAAUCAUUCAAGAUGGGCCUAUCUGAGUUGUUGGACAAUCUCCGAGAAGUCACCUGGGAUUGGCAUGCUUUGAAGAUAUUGGAUCCGCAAACACUUAUCGCACUCGGGCUCUGCAAACAACUCAAGGUCUUCCAUCUACGUGUAACAAGAAGUGUUGUCUUCGGAGGCGAUCAUUUAUUUGACCGACGACAAUACACAUACCAAGAUGAGCCCCUAGCAGCAAAGUUCAGCCGAAGCAAUGGAUUCGAUGAGUUACUUCAGCUGAGAGGUCUCGAAACCAUCACCGUGGAGAACCAUGACCACUAUAAAUUUUGGGUAAAGGACAAAUAUCUCAGUAAUGCGGAGCUCAAGGCUUUCGAAACCUUCCUGGCCUCAAAGCUAACACUGCCAAAGAAGCCCCCGGUAUGUCGUUAUCAUAUUCUUCGAUUCUGUGCGCUUAGAUGCUGACCGACUCUUCAGGCGAUUGAACAGAGACCUGUGAAGAGUAAGACCACCAUGACUAAGAAGGAAAAACAUCGCAAGACUUAGACAUCUUAGGAAAGAGGGACUUCUGAAGAAAGUUACAGUGGGGAAAUUUCUCGGUUAGCGAGAUAGGAGGCGAACUUUCACUUGGGAAGGACAAGGACUCGAGGAAGCCCCUGUGUUUGUCAAUUGAACAAUGUCGAAGAAUCAAGAAAGGUCUUUUCUCGGAAUAUUUGUCUCUGCAUUCUUUCUGUGCACAUCUCAGUCAGCUGCCCUUCUUUUCCUCGUGCGUGGCUGAUAUACGUCCUGCUGUAUAAAGAUUUGGAGCGAAGGCAUGUUCACUCGAACACCAGAUCUCCUAUUACCCUACUGCAUACAAGUGAAAUAUUUGGAAGGGAAGCCUCUAAUGAACA